AUGGCAGACGAGGUGUUGGAUUUUCUAAGAGAAGUCGCCCAGAAUGUCUGCUCCAACCCCCAGUACGCCCAUCAGUUGAACCAGGACAAGUGGAACGAGCCCGGAACUUCGGACAGCAUGAUUUACUACCUUCGUCUCCUCGUCGGAACAUUCAUCAAGAACGAUCCUGCUACUUACGAACCCUUUCUGACCGACGGUGUGGCGGGUUACUGUUCUCAGCAGAUCGAUAUCCCUAACCGUGAGAUUGACGAGAUCAGUCUCUCCGCCCUCGUCCAGAUCCUACUCAAACCCGUCGGCUUUGUCCUCGAGGUUGCCAUGCUCGACCGUAGCCUAGGCAGUGAAGUGAACCAUUUUCGCUGGCCCCAAGAAGCUAACGGGCAGAACGAGGCCGACUUGGGCCCCAUUAUCUACUUACUCUACCGACCAGGCCACUAUGACAUUCUGUACAAGUUGAUGACCACGCAGGUGCUUCGAGUUAGCGGUUUUACGCACAACACCAACAUCACGACCGAUCAAGCCAAUCUUGGUCAAUACACGACCAUGAACUUUGAUGCCUUGUCCAUCAUCCCGGGCUUCAGCAGUUCUGCUGGUAUGGGGGGUCUCGCACAGUUUGCACCACCUCCACCUUCUAGUGCCGCAGAGUCCUUCUCGCCCAUACAGCAAAGCCCCUGGAUAUCGUCCUUCCCCGAGCCUUUGCCUACGCCGGCACCGCGAGCAGCACCCCCUCCGCUACCAGCCAUCAUGGCAAGUCCUCAACCUCCUACACCACCCGCCUCGAUAUCCGGCAGCUCUGCGAUAGCACCUAGUCCAGCCAUGAUUACUCCCUCUGGACCUCCAAACUCUCUCCCUCUGCGAACCGCUGCUUCCAGCUAUCACAUCCGAUUCAGCCCGGUCCAAUUGGAGUACGACGAGGGCAAAAACAGCUUUCCAGAUUCGACAUUCCAGGUGACGACCAAUACGUUUAAGAACAGUAUUUGGAACCGAGCGCAUUACUGCAACCCCAAUUUCCACCCCGAGGAAUGGAAUCCCGACGAUGACCAUGCGGAGGGUAGAGGCGGAGGUAAACGCAGAGUGAAGAAGGAGAUGUCCUAA